AUGGAGGAAGGGGUGGAUACAGAUGAGGUGGUGAGGUCAGCAAGCAGCUUGAGGAUGAGCAUAGGAUCUAUGAGCAGGAGGAGUUGGGUUUCAGCAGGUGUUUCUGAGGUGUGGGGUGCUGGACAUGGUGGUGAUGUCUUUGAGAGGAGCACGAGAGCUGUUGAUGGUGAUGAUGAAGAGGAGCUCAAGUGGGCAGCCAUAGAGAGGCUUCCAACGUUUGAAAGGUUAAGGAAAAGCAUAGUGAGAAGGGUCUUAGAAGAGAGUGGAAGGUUCAACUAUGAAGAGGUUGAUUUAUCCAACCUUGGUUUUCAGGACAAGAGCAAACUCCUUCAUGCCAUUCUGAGCACUGUUGAACAAGACAAUGAGAGGUUUCUCCGUAGCAUGAGGGAGAGGAUUGACAGGGUGGCUAUAGAGAUUCCACAAGUUGAAGUACGCUUUGAAGAUUUGUUUGUGGAAGGAGAUGCAUUUAAUGGAACCAGAGCACUACCAACUUUACUGAACUCCACCGUGAAUGCGAUAGAGGUCAGAUACAAUGACUUUCUUCUUGUUGUGAAACAGAGAAUUCUUGGGUCACUUAAUGUUCUUCCAUCAAAGAAAAGUGUUAUCACGAUACUACGAGGUGUCAGUGGAAUUGUCAAGCCUGCAAGGUUGACCUUGCUUUUGGGGCCCCCAAGAUCAGGAAAAACUACACUGCUGCAAGCACUUGCUGGGAAACUAGACAGGGAUUUAAGGGUUGGCCAUCCUCUUAUUGCUCCAUCUUUAAGAAACAAUGCAAUGAUAAGAUAUGAUUGGUUUGCCAGAAUUGUAUCCGGAAGAGUCACUUACUGUGGUCAUGAGUUAUCAGAAUUUGUUCCUCAAAGAACCUGUGCUUAUAUUAGUCAGCAUAAUCUUCAUCAUGGAGAGAUGACAGUCAGAGAAACGCUGGACUUUUCUGGACGCUGCUUGGGAGUUGGAACAAGACAUGAGCUACUAAUAGAAUUGAUAAGGCGAGAAAAGCAAGCUGGACUCAAACCAGAUCCAGAGAUAGAUGCCUUCAUGAAAGCCACAGCAGUGGAAGGUCAAGAAACAAGUCUCAUUACAGAUUAUGUUCUCAAGGUUCUUGGACUGGAAAUAUGUGCUGAUACUUUGGUGGGAGAUGAGAUGAGGAGGGGAAUAUCUGGUGGAGAAAAAAAGAGGUUAACUACCGGUGAGAUGUUGGUAGGACCUGCAAAAGUCUUCUUAAUGGACGAGAUUUCAACCGGUUUGGAUAGUUCCACAACCUUCCAAAUUGUCAAGUUCUUGAGGCAGCUAGUGCAUGUCAUGGAUGUUACCAUGAUAAUCUCUCUUUUACAACCUGCACCAGAAACAUUUGACCUUUUUGAUGACAUAAUCUUGCUUUCUGAAGGCCACAUUGUCUACCAAGGACCACGUGAGAGUGUUCUCAAUUUUUUUGAGAGUGUAGGCUUCAAAUGCCCCGAAAGAAAAGGAGUUGCAGACUUCUUACAGGAGGUUACUUCCAAAAAGGACCAAGAGCAAUACUGGUUCGCAAGGGACAAGCCUUACCAUUUUGUCAGCGCUCCUGAGUUUGUAGCACACUUCAAUAAUUUUGGCAUUGGCCAACAACUUUCCCAAGAUCUUCGGGUUCCUUAUGACCGUGACAAAACUCAUCCAGCUGCAUUGGUUAAAGAUAAAUAUGGGAUCUCAAAACUAGAACUCUUGAAGGCAUGCUUUGCAAGAGAGUGGCUACUGAUGAAGCGCAGUGCUUUUAUAUACAUAUUUAAAACUACUCAGAUUACGAUUAUGUCUUUGAUUACUAUGACAGUGUUUUUUAGGACAGAAAUGGAAAGUGGUCACCUUGAGGAUGGGAGAAAAUUUUAUGGUGCCCUGUUCUUUAGUCUCACCAACAUAAUGUUCAAUGGAAUGGCUGAGCUUGCAAUGACUAUUUUUAGGCUUCCUGUUUUCUUCAAGCAGAGAGACUCAUUGUUUUAUCCAGCAUGGGCUUUUGCACUUCCCAUAUGGAUCUUUCGAAUUCCUCUCUCUAUUGUAGAGUCCGGAUUAUGGGUUGUCCUUACUUAUUACACUGUAGGGUAUGCUCCAGCUUCAAGUAGAUUUUUUGGUCAGUUAUUGGCAUUUGUCUGCGUUCAUCAAAUGGGUAUCUCACUGUUCCGAUUCAUUGCUGCUCUUGGAAGAACACUAGUUGUGGCAAACACGCUUGGUUUCUUUAUACUGCUACUUAUUUAUGUGCUUGGUGGGUUCAUUAUUGCCAAAGAUAACCUUGAACCCUGGAUGCAAUGGGGCUAUUAUGUUUCUCCUAUGAUGUAUGGUCAGAACGCCAUUGCUAUCAAUGAAUUCCUUGACCCGAGAUGGAGUGCUCCCAACAUGGACCGAAGAAUACCUGGGCGCACGGUUGGGGAGGCUCUUCUCAAGGUUAGAAGCAUGUAUACCGAAGACUAUUGGUACUGGAUUUGUAUUGGUGCUCUCCUAGGCUUUUCUCUGCUUUUCAACAUUUGUUUUAUAAUUGCUCUGACGUUUCUGAAUCCAGCAUAUAAAGAGUCUAAAUCUAUUAUUCUAGAGGAGCAAGUGGAGAAAAAGGGAACAACAGAAAAGAGUUCUGUUUCAACUGGUAAAUCAUUUGAAAAUGCAGACAUUGAUAUGGCAGAAAAGAACACCCGAGAGAAUUCAACUCCUGAAGAAGAUAGUUUAACAACCAAGAGGGGAAUGGUGUUACCCUUUAGGCCUCUAUCACUUGCCUUUGAUCACGAAAUGGAAAAACGUGGAAUUGAAGGAAGUCGACUUCAACUACUUAGAGAUGUCAGCGGUGCUUUCAGGCCUGGAGUGCUAACAGCAUUAGUAGGUGUAACUGGUGCUGGAAAAACCACAUUGAUGGAUGUUCUAGCUGGAAGAAAAACUGGUGGUUAUAUUGAAGGAAGCAUCAGCGUAUCUGGUUACCCAAAAAAACAAGCUACUUUUGCUCGGAUUAGUGGAUAUUGUGAACAAAAUGAUAUCCAUUCUCCAAAUAUCACAGUGCAUGAAUCUGUUAUGUUUUCUGCUUGGUUGCGACUUGGUAAGGAGGUCAACAGUAAAGUUAGGAAGAUGUUUGUUGAGGAAGUUAUGAACCUUGUUGAGCUACAUCCAGUGAGAAAUUUUCUAGUAGGUCUUCCAGGGGUAGAUGGUUUAUCAACUGAACAAAGAAAGAGACUCACCAUUGCUGUAGAAUUGGUUGCCAACCCUUCUAUCAUCUUUAUGGACGAGCCAACCUCCGGCCUUGAUGCUAGAGCUGCAGCAAUUGUCAUGCGUACUGUCAGAAACACAGCGGAUACAGGUAGAACUAUUGUCUGCACAAUUCAUCAACCAAGCAUUGACUUAUUCGAAGCUUUUGAUGAGCUGCUUUUGAUGAAGAGAGGAGGACAGCUCAUAUAUAAUGGUCCCUUAGGUCAACAUUCACAGAAGCUUAUAGAGUACUUUGAGGCUAUUCCUGGAGUUCCUAAAAUCAAAGAAGGUUAUAAUCCAGCCACAUGGAUUUUGGAGAUCAGUUCUCCAGCAGUGGAGAGUCAGCUUAGUGUAGACUUUGCAGAACUGUACACUAAGUCAGAAUUACAUGGUCUUCUCGUUUCAUUUCUGACAUCAACUCUUUUCAGGAGAAAUCAAGAGCUUGUUAAAGAGCUAAGCAGACCAUUAGAAGGAACAAAGGACCUUGAUUUCCCUACUGAAUACUCCCAGUCCUUUAUUACUCAAUCUAUAGCUUGCUUCUGGAAACAGAACUUGUCCUACUGGAGGAAUCCACAGUAUAAUGCCAUCCGGUUCUUCUUAUCAAUAACUAUUGGUGUUAUUUUUGGACUCGUUUUCUGGAAAAGAGGAAAGAUAAUAAAUAAGGAGCAAGAUUUUAUGAAUCUAAUGGGAGCUGUCUUCACUGCUGUUUUCUUUCUUGGAGGCUCCAACACUUCUAGUGUUCAACCCAUAGUUGCAAUAGAAAGAACAGUAUUAUACCGUGAAAAAGCAGCUGGAUUGUACUCAGCUCUACCUUAUGCUAUUGGUCAGGUGGCAGUGGAAUGCAUUUAUGUUGCAAUACAGACAUUUACUUUCAGUCUCAUCCUUUUCUCAAUGAUGGGGUUCCGUUGGCUAGUUGAUAAGUUCUUGUGGUUCUACUUCUUUAUGUUCAUUUCGUUUGUCUACUUCACUCUUUAUGGCAUGAUGACUGCAGCUCUGACUCCAAACCCCCAAAUUGCUGCAAUUGCUAUGGCCUUCUUUCUGGUGUUUUGGAACGUAUUUUCAGGUUUCAUUAUCCCAAAAUCGCAAAUUCCAAUAUGGUGGAAGUGGUAUUACUGGGCAUGUCCAACUGCAUGGAGUUUAUAUGGCCUAGUGACAUCUCAGGUGGGAGACAAAACUAAUACGAUUCUGGUACCUGGAUCAAAGUCAAUGUCAGUAAAAGCAUACAUUCGGGAAGAGUUCGGCUAUGAAUAUGACUUCCUUGGAGUUGUUGUUGUGGCUCUUAUUGGUUUUGUCACAUUGUUUCUUUUUGUUUUUGCAUAUAGCAUCAAGGUUCUUAAUUUCCAGAAGAGAUGA